AUGGCCUUCCCGACCCUCCACGCCCGCGCUGAAGCCAAACCGCUCGAGCAUCGCUCCUGCCUCACGCCUACCACGACCAAGCAGCUCCUAGAGGCUGGAUAUCCAGUGCUGGUUGAGCGCAGCCCCAAGGACCCCAACUAUGCCCGCAUCUUCCAAGACGACGAGUUCGCACAGGCUGGUGCUACGCUCGUCGACGAGGGCGAGUGGGAAACCGCGCCCGCCGAUCGCAUCAUCAUCGGCUUGAAGGAGCUCCCGGAGGCAGAGACACCUCUCAAGCAUACAUUUGUACACUUUGCGCACUGCUACAAGCAGCAGGGCGGUUGGGAACAGGUCUUGGCGCGGUUCCCUCGCGGCGGCGGAACGCUCUACGACCUGGAAUUCCUCCAAGACAACACAGGCAGGAGAGUCGCUGCGUUUGGAUAUCAUGCCGGCUUUGUUGGAGCUGCGCUCGCUAUCAAGACCUGGGCAUGGCAACUCACCCACCCCAACGGCGAGCCACUUCCUGGCCUUGAGGCCUUCACCGACGGACGUGGAUACUACAACAACGAGGGUGAGCUGAUUUCACAGCUCAAAGAGGAUGUUGCGGCCGGCGAGAAGGUUGCGGGACACAAGCCGACCAGCUUGGUGCUGGGAGCACUGGGACGCUGCGGGACUGGGGCCGUCGAACUCCUCGAGAAAGUCGGCUGCGCAGAAAUCAAGAAGUGGGACCUGGCGGAGACAUCAGAUCGCGACGGACCCUACCCCGAGAUUAUUGAGUCCGACAUCUUCGUUAACUGCAUCUACCUGUCCAAGCCCAUUCCGCCCUUCGUCGACAUGGAGAGCCUUAAGUCGCCGAACCGCAAGCUUAGCGUAGUGUGCGACGUUAGCUGCGAUACCACGAACCCGCACAACCCAAUCCCCAUCUACAGCAUCAACACGACGUUCGACAAGCCCACCGUGGAGGUUCCUGUAGAGGGCAGUGGCCCGAGGCUAUCGGUCAUCUCCAUCGAUCACCUGCCGUCUGCCCUCCCGAGAGAGUCGUCCGAGGCGUUCAGUGCCGCUCUGUUGCCUAGCUUGAUGGCGCUCAAGGAUCGGGCGACUGCUCCCGUAUGGCAAGGGGCUGAGAAGCUGUUCCAGGAGAAGUGCGCAACCCUACCGGGCGGCGUACCCCAGAAGGAGGUCUAG